GUCUCCGUUACAGUUUUCCCGCAGCAGCCUGUUGUAGCACGUCGGGAGUUAUUUGCAGAGAAAUAUGCCUAAACGAGCUUGUCCUUUCCCGGAAACCUUCUCUUCUCAAUACAAAAUACAUGUCAGACAACAGGAGUUGAAUAAUUAUGGCGUGUUUGGGAACAAAUACCGGCAAGAAAUUUACGCAAAGACAAAAAACCUGCUCUUCAACGGUGCUAAGGUUGUGAUGGGUACACUAUGGACUGGAGAGCAGAGGUCCGCUGGACAAGUGGAGACUCCUGCAUGCAGCCAGUCCCUGCUGAGAGGACAGACGCUGAUCGGACAUGACGGGAGACUGACGCGAGCCAACGCUGCACAAGGUUCACCAGCGGCUCUUGCUUGCUGCUGUGUGUGUCAGAAAAGCCAGGGGUCCAGGACACCCUGCGCCCAAUGUGAGCGCCUCGCCUGUCCCUCCUGCACACAGCAGUGCUCCUGCUGCUCCGGCCUCUGCUGCUCCGUCUGCACUAUCAUAGAUUACAGCGGGCAAUACGAUCAAGUACUGUGCUGCAGUUGCUCCACGUAAAGGAAGGAAGGAAGACUGACUGAGGGAUCGGGAGUAUAUGCUGGACAUAUGUAGUGGCCUCGCUUAAUACUUCUAUACCGCAUUUUAUACCAUUUUAUUGUGUAUAUUGCAUUCAUAAAGUAACUGAAAUUAACGUUAGCACUUUUGUAUACAGUUAAUUGCUUUACGCCAUGGCUUCUUCAGCGCAUCUCUAAUACAGGCACAAAAUGUAUUUUGAUUAAUUAAAGGGCAGAGUAAAUGAUGAAUAUAUGAAUAAUGGCCUCUUGAAUAAUGCACAAAUCAAAAUUGGAACAAAAAUCAGCCAAUUAGCUAAAAGGUUAGCCGACCGUCUUCACUUGUGUAGAUGUAUCAGUAGGUGGCAGCACACUUCAAGGACUCCGAGGUCCUUUCAGACGGCCAUGGUAACACACAAACUCUGCUUCCUCGCUGGAUGGACACAUCCAUCCCGCUAUGCUAAAGAAGCAAAUUGUUUCAGCCUUUAGUUGAUGUAUGGACGUUUUGUCUUGGCAAUGAAAAUGGAAUUCAAAUCCAGCCUGUCUGGACCGACCUUGAGGAUCUGCUAUUCAAUAUAUUUAUUAAAACAGAGGAGCCAGAGGUUGAACGCGGCCGGGGCUUUGCGGCAGACUGUUCGGCUGCAAUUAUCCCUCUCGGACAUGACCUUGGUGUGCCGUCAUCACUUUCUCUUGGCUGAGGCUCGUCACUGACGAUGACUGGUUUUAGGGUCAGGUAUUCAAACUGAGUAAUUGUUCUUGGUGGCAGAAGUCCUGAACACUGCCUUUUAUAGACAUCAAUCAUGUGAGAUGGUGUUGGAUAUUGGCUUGGAUGAGUGCACUUCCUGGAGCUCAUUGCAAGUGUGCCUCAGCUCAGCGGGCCAGUUGUGGCACCGGUCUUUGGGGAGCGCUGCAGUUGGUGUUGGAGGGCACCGCUUGAUUUCCGGUUGAGCGAACAGACAGCUGCUGGCAGGCGAGGCUUCAAGUGGUCUGCACAUUUCUUGAUCAGGCUUUAAUAAACCCAGAAGUGGACAUAAAACACUUAUGCAGAAGACUUAUUUUAUUGAUAAAAACAGACAAAUCGAUUGUAUGUGAAACCAUUAGUCAACUGGCAAAAUUAAGGAUUUGAGUGAAGUAAUUUCUCAAGAUGUUUUAAAUGUAAAUAACUUAUUAAAAAUGUAAAGCACAAAUGUGUAUAUCGGAUAUUUAUUGUAUGUUGAAAUGACUAGUGAUGGUCUCCAAAGCUCACUGUAUGUGUUGUCAUGUAGUAUUAAAGCACUCGUUAUACAAGUUAA